UGGCUGUUGUUGUGAAGGUGGGUUGGUUGUGAUGUGAUUGUGACAUUGGUGCUGCUGACACAAUCAACAACAUGCAUGCAUGGCAGUGUGCUGGGAGGUGAGCUUGACGUUGGAUGGUCGACUGUGUGUCACACUGCUGGCUCAUCCACUCGCCUCUGCCUUGCUCACUCGCCUCUGCCUGCUCGGCAGACAGGCAUGGAGGAACCGUGGAAGCAGUGGGACCAGGCGGAGAUUGACCGGCAGAUGUCGCCGAGCCAGUGGUCGCAUCGCCUGUCUGCAGACAAUGUCAUCAAAGCGCACUGCGCAGUGCUGCCAACAGAGACGGACGAGAGCCGCCGCUUGACCGAGUACAAACGCGAUGCCUACGGUGAUGGCGCAAAGGGUGAGGUCAUCGACUCGUACCUGCCAAAGGACUCUACCACGCCAAGCAUCUUCAGCGUGAGCGGACUGUUGGAUCUGGCGCCAGUGCAGGCAUCGUACGCCAACGAAGCUCUCAAGCUGACAGACCAGCAGGUUGCGCGGUACAGCCCACUUCGCCUCAUCAACCAGCCCCACCCAAACCCAACGCUCCACUGCCAGGUUGUGCUUGCGAUUGCCGAACACGAGCCAGCAGAGUUUCGGCGCCACAGCGAGAAAUAUGCGCAGUGCCUGCAAGCACACUCCAUGCCCGUGGAGCUGGUGGAUGUGCCUGCCGUGGACCACUUUGACUGCAUUGAGAACCUGCACCAGCGCGAGUAUGAGCUCACCAGGCGCCUCAUUGCCCUCGCAUCUGCAACCCGCACCUCCCGCAGAAGCAGCGUUUCCUCAAACUCAUAGACCCACA